AUGGAAAGAACUGCAGUAGGAUUAGCUAAUUGUGUGUUAGCAAGGGUAACUAAUGAAACGGACUCCACCUGUUUGACCAAAGACAAAAUAAGCAUCGCCAAUAGUUUUAUGAAUUUGAUUCCAAAACAAUUUUGGACCAGAAUCAACUUUUGCAUAGAGAAUAACUUUACUGAGUUUUUUUCACCAGAUGUAGAAAGCGCAAUUCAAGACUCAACGACGAGUAUAAAUCAGACUCUGCUUUUCUUGCUCGUGGGAUUUGGGUUUUUUCUUCUUUUUGUCGCCAUCUUGGUAAUCAGCUUAUUGAAAAUGAGAACAAUGUUAUUGAAGAAAAGAAGAAAAGACUUAAUGCGCCUUCCCAGCAUUCCAAAAACAGGAAGUCCUCAGUACGAAGCCACUUUUGUUGUAUCAAAUGGUCCUUACCUUGAUCCCGAUUAUGACAUCAUAGAAGAGAUGGACGAGGGUUAUGAACGCUUACCCGAACCAAGAAUAGAGAGCACAACACAGGCAUUUUCAGAACAGAGAAAUUUCAAUACUGAGGGACCAUAUAUUGUACCUAACAAUGCGGAUGGAUCCUAUCUAGAUGCAGUGCAUGUUAGGAAAACAAUCAUUGAUUACAUAAAUAUCCAUCCUUAUACAGAAUUAGUGGAUGAUUCAGGGGAUCAUACCAUUGAUGACCAGUUUUUCCAAAGCAGGAAUGGAGAAAAUCUGGGAAACCCAAACAGCAUCGAGUGAUGAAAAAAAGUAACAAACGAUUGUAAAAAAAAAAAAAAAUCAAUUUUGAUUCAUAUAUUAGACCUAUUUUACACUAAAUAUACUGUCAAUAUAAUAACAAAUACUCAAUCAAUGAGAAAUUUAAUAAAAUAAUGGAAUUAAAUAUCUUAAUAAAAGUAAAAUUACCGACAACAAAAUUUUUGAAGAAUAUAAUUUUUUAAUGAACUGAAAAUUUUGUCCUAAAGGGGAAAUUGUCUCCUUCAUUCAUCAUGCUGAGAAAAAAUAUUGCUGAGGUAAAGAUCUUAGCUUAGAGUUGAAUGGAAUAGGCUGUGAUACGUAAAUGACAUACCUGUUCUAUCGACCUGUUGUCAUUGUAUUCAGUUGUUCAUCACUCUCUUUCAAAUAAAUUAUCAAAAUAAUUUUGUUUUUCCAAUUUUGAACAAUCAGAAGCUAAUAUUCAUCAAGCGGACAAUCCUCGUGUUUCAUAGAAAUUGCUUGAGAUAGACCUUGAUUUAAGCAUAUUUUAUUGUAAUAAAUAUACAAUAGGAUUGUGCAUAGUUCUUAAAUUUAAAAUGUUACGGUAAUGUUUAAUUGAUGCUUAUA